AUGGUGGUGUGUAGACAUGCCUUGUUGGGGUUGGGUUUAUUUGCAUUUAUUGCAAUGCAGCUGCCUUCAAUAAUGGCUGAUUGCCCUUUAGAUUUGAGUGGAUCAAACUUUACCUUAGCAGCCUCAAUGUGCUCCAGUAAAGAUGAAAGAGGACAAUGUUGCCGCUAUAUUAAUGCGUUUAUUGCAGUUUCCAUUGCUCGCUAUUCAAAUGCAACUGGAAAUUUAGGAGUUGCCUCGAAUGUAUCUGACAUAUGUCUUCGUUCCAUUUCUCAAACUAUGCAACUGUAUGGAGUUCCAAGUAAUGCAACAGGUUUUUGCGGGUUUGGGACGAAAAUUCCAGUGAAUUAUGAGUGCAAGGGUAGAACAACUGUCACUCAGAUGUUGGAGUCUCCAAAAUUUGUGGAUGUUGUACAAAAUUGCAGACUGCCACUUUCAUUAAAAAGUGAUUGCAAGAGGUGUUUAAAUGCUGGCAUUAUAUACCUUCAUCAUCUAGUGGGAACAGAUAAUAACGUGACAUUGAGUACCUGCCGCGAUGCAACUUUUACUGCCCUUGCAAGCCAAUUUGAUGAUGCUUCAGCUGUUGAAAUUGCAAGCUGUUUCUUCGGAGUUCAAGGGCUCAACUUCCCUUCAGAGCCACCUCCUUCUGCAGUCUCUCCUGAAGCUCCUCCAAGUCCAUUGACAGCUGCUGGUCCAAGCCAAGUUAUGUUGGGAAUACCCCUAAAUGCAAAUCACCACCCAUAUCAUCUGACAUUAGUUCCAAUUGUUGGCAUUGCAGUCACAGCAGUUGCCCUUGUGAUGCUGAUAGUCUUGAUAGUUCUUAUUCGCAGGAAAAGCAGAGAACUAAAGGAAUCUGAGAAUAUAAAUAAGACCUUUUCAAGAACCUUUCCUCCUCCAAGGCCUACAAGGAAAUUUCAAGAAGGACCUGCAUCAAUGUUACGAAAAUUCAGCUACAAGGAGACAACGAAGGCAACGGAUAACUUCAAUACAAUCAUUGGACAGGGAGGAUUUGGAACUGUAUACAAAGCUGAAUUUAGUGAUGGCUUGGUGGCAGCAGUGAAGCGAAUGAACAAGGUUUCAGAGCAGGUAGAAGAGGAGUUCUGCAGAGAGAUAGAACUGCUUGCUAGACUGCACCACCGCCAUCUUGUUGCUCUGAGAGGCUUUUGCAUAAAGAGGAAUGAGAGGUUCCUCAUGUAUGAAUAUAUGGCAAAUGGAAGCCUAAAGGAUCAUCUUCAUUCCCCUGGAAAUCCUCUGAGUUGGCAGUCCAGAAUCCAGAUUGCUAUUGACGUGGCUAAUGCUUUGGAGUAUCUCCACUUUUAUUGUGAUCCACCUAUGUGCCACAGAGACAUAAAAUCGAGCAACAUUUUGCUGGAUGAAAACUUAGUUGCUAAGGUUGCAGAUUUUGGCCUUGCCCAUGCUUCAAAAAAUGGUUCUGUAUGCUUUGAACCAGUAAAUACCGAUAUUCGUGGAACUCCAGGUUACAUGGAUCCUGAGUAUGUGGUCACUCAAGAGCUCACCGAGAAAAGUGAUAUAUAUAGCUAUGGCGUGGUACUGUUGGAGAUAGUGACUGCUAGAAGAGCAAUACAGGAAAGCAAGAAUUUGGUGGAGUGGUCUCAAAUUUUCAUGGCAUCGGAUUCAAGACUACCUGAGUUAGUGGAUCCACGCAUCAGGGAUUCCUUUGACUUAAACCAGCUUCAGACUAUUGUGACUAUCAUUAGAUGGUGCACGCAGAGGGAAGGACGGGCAAGGCCUUCAAUCAAACAGGUCCUUAGGCUUUUGUAUGAGAGUUCAGACCCAAUGCAUAGUGGGUUUGUGCGAGCUGUGGAAGAUGAAGAGUGUGAAGGAAGUGAAGGAGGACGAAGAAUGAGCAAGGGAAAAUCACACAAGAGUGAUGAUAUUUUUCACAGUGGGGAUGGAAGAUAUCUUGCUUCCUCUUCAAGCACAUCGAGGUCGUAUUGUAGUAGAAGUUUUUUACUUGAAACUGGCUCUCCACAGUCUCCCUCCAAUAUGCUCUCUGUUUGA